AUGCUCGAAUGGGGAGAAUCUCCCGGCGCGUCUCUAGCAGCUGUGGCUGCUGCCGCAAUCGGCGGAGCGGCAACCAUCGCGAUGGCGGGCGGAUUCGGCGGAAAUCGAGAGGCGGCGAGGGCGGCCGUCCGACGUGGCAUGGAGCUAUUUGUGGAGAACGACGUGCAAGGCUCGGUUGUGGAGUUUGACAGAGCGCUACAGCUGGACCCCUCGCAGGAGCCAUUCACCCGUCCUGCUCAUUCCUCUUACCAAAUCUUUUUGCUCCUGUAUAGACCUGCUCCUGCCUGCCCUCCCUCUACUCCGCACCUUCCCCUCUACAGGCUCUUACUUUCUUUCUCUCCCUCACCUCCUUACCUGCCCUCUCUCCCCUCCUCCGCACCUUCCCUCUCUCCCCCAUCAGACCUUUGGCAGCGAGGCCUUUCACUCUACUACCUUGGAAAAUUCCAGGAAGCAGCGGAGCAGUUUCGCAAGGACGUGGCGGUGAACCCCAACGACACAGAGGAGGCCAUCUGGUGUUUCUUGAGUGAGGCGCGCGUGGUGGGCGCACAGCAGGCGAGGCAGCAGUUUCUGCUCGUGGGGCAGGACCCUCGGCCUGUCAUGCGCGCUGCCAUGGACGUCUUUCAGACGGGCGGUGACCCUAAGAAGAUCCUGGCAGCAGCGGCGGCUGACUUUGGGCGGCCAUCUGCACUGUUCUAUGCAAAUCUCUAUGUUGGUCUGUUCCAUGAGAGCGAGGGCGACCAGGAUCAGAGCAGGCGUUACAUUCUCGAGGCUGCACAAUCCCCUUAUGGGCUCAGGUCAGGGGAUUACAUGGCAGCACUGGCCAGAGUGCAUUGCCUGCAACGCGGCUGGCUGUGA